CAGACUGCUGUGGUGCAGUAAAGAGGAGCGGGCCAGAGCAGACGCUCUCUCUCUCUCUCUCUCUCUCUCUCUCUCUCUCUCUCUCUCUCGCGCUCUUUCUUUGUCUGCAAUCAGCUCAGACCCUCCAGGACCAGUACGGGGAUAGCCUCAGACCCAGCACAGACCCAGCACAGACCCAGCACAGACCCAGCUCAGACCCUCCAGGACCAGUACGGGGAAAGCCACAGAGUCGGACGCCCAGGCUUCGUUUACAUUAAGCCCAGUCACCAGCAGGAUGACUCCAGGACCAGUGCUGUUACUGUGGGCUCUGGCCCUUCUAGCGACCGUGGCAAGCCAGGAGUAUGAGAACCGUAUGGAGAGCCAUAUCGACCGCUCUGUCCCCUGGAUCCACACCUUCCGCCAGGGGUUCAACUUCCAGUGUCCCCACGGAGAGGUGCUGGUGGCCCUGCAGAGUGUCUUCAGUGAGAAGGAAGGGUCCGACCGCCUCUGGGCCUUCGAGUGCCAGCAGACUCCCACCACCCUGGGGCAUCCCACAGAGUGCUGGUGGGACGACACUAACCGUGCCGGGAUGGAGUGGUCUUCAACAUGCGGCAACAAUGGCCUGGUGGCGGGGGUGAUGAGCAAGUACUUUGAGCCUGUCCUGGACCGCGAGUGGUCGUUCUACUGCUGUCGCUACAGCCGCCGCUGCCCCUACUCCUGCUGGAAAUCAUUGGAGGUGCCUGGGCAAUACAGAGAGGAGGGAGAGUUUGUCAUCCCCGGCUAUGGCUACUUCAUCAGAGGGGCUCAGACCACCUUCGAUGGAGUUCUCAGAGAUCGGCAGUGGAAGUACAUUGUGUGCAGAAUGACCGAUUUCGACUGUGAAUUUGAGAAUUUAUAGAUGUACAUUCAGACCCGGUAAACACGGCGAGAUGGCCACUGCUGUUUGGCGAAGAGAGUCCCGUGUGCAACAAACCGCUGUUCUACGACCAUCGACCAAACAGAUGCUUCCCUCUACAUGAAUUUGUCUUUCACUUCAACCACUAAAGUACGACUACACAAACCCACAAUAGCAACAGAUCCCCAGAGUCAUUAAGUCCAUUAUUCACAUCCCCUCCCAGAAUCAUUAAGUCCAUUAUUCACAUCCCCAGAAUUAUUAAGUCCAUUAUUCACAUCCCCAGAAUCAUUAAGUCCAUUAUUCACAUCCCCAGAAUCAUUAAGUCCAUUAUUCACCCUUGUUAAUGACAUCUCACUCUUUACUAUUAAUAUUUCAUUAUUCAUGAUUCUUGAUAAUAACCAUGUUUGUUUUAUUUUUUGGGAUGAAUGUUACGUUAAGUUUUAGAUGUCAAAUCACUUAUCUUUAUAUCUAUCGUAGCACCAUAGCAAUAUAAAUAAAAUGUCUGUGUACAGCACUUAGCCUACUUUUCAAAAUGAAAAAAAUCAAGUAAUGUCUCUACUUGUUAUGCUAAAUAAAAGUCCAAUGGUUGAACGAUA